AUGGAGAUGAACGCCGAUUCCAAAGAGCUCCGGGAGAUGGAGCAGGAGCUGGGGACGGAGAUCUUGCCUGGCACGGAGGUGAUGGCUGAUGUUGGAAGCCAUCACUUCGUCAAAGGCUCGAAGCACGUUUUAGUCCCACAGCCUUCCAGCGAUCCGCAUGACCCUCUCAACUGGAGCACAAAAUGGAAGAGCAUGUGCAUCAUCGCCUCUACGAUGGUGUCCUUCACCCAAGGUUUCGGUCCACUGGCGCUGGCGCCCAUGUUCCCCUACUACAUCAAAGAAUUCGAUUCGGAUCUGGCAUCAGUCAUCAAGUUCACCGGCGUAGCCAUCCUGGUCCUUGGUUUCAGUAACUUCAUUUGGGUACCACUAAGUACCUCAUUCGGUCGGCGCCCUGUCUACAUCAUAUCACAGAUUGUCUGCCUUGCCUCCAGCAUAUGGCGCGCUAGGUCGAACACCUACGCGAGCUUCAUGGGAGCGUGCGUCCUGAAUGGCAUAGGCGCAGGUCCAGCAGAGACCAUUCAACCUGCCGUGAUCGCGGAUAUCUUCUUCCUGCAUGAUCGAGGUUUCUGGAACACGCUCUACUGGGUCGCAUACACGGGUAGUCUGAUGGUUGGACCUAUCGUCAGCGGAUCAAUGGCUUUACAUAUCGGCUGGCGCAGUUUCUGGUGGUUUAACACCGGCUUGAUAGGUCUAUCACUGAUCAUGGUGGUCUUCAUGUUCCCAGAGACCAAAUGGCACAGAACGCAUCUGAAUGAGCUAGCGAUGAACUCCAUGGAGAAAGGCUCGAACACAAGCGUACAUGACAGCUAUAGCGAGAACAGCAAGAGAGCGGGCACGAUGACAUCCGUCCAGAGUGCCGACCCUCUCUACAUACCCUACCCGCUUCCGCUUCAACGAGAGUCUGUAUCAGACCCAUGGCUGGGCAAGGGCAUGCCAAGCAAGAGCCAGUGGGGAAUGUAUACACCCUCGCCGAACCCAUGGAAGACGAUGCUGCUGGAUCUCUGGGUCCCUUGGAAGUUGUUCGCCUUCCCCAUUGUGGAAUUCUCGUCUUUCGUGGUAUCCUGGACUUGCAGCUCAUUCUUGACGAUCAACCUCACGCAAUCGCAGAACUUCGCUGCUCCUCCAUACAAUUAUGACUCGCAGAACAUCGGAUUUAUGAACUUUGCUAUCCUCGUCGGUGCUGGCAUCGGACUUGCUACUGCUGGGCCGUUCAGUGAUUGGAUAAGUGCUCGCGCGACGAAGAAGAAUCACGGGAUCAGAGAGCCUGAGAUGCGUCUGCCAGCUAUGAUACCAUACGUCUUGCUCAUGAUCCUCGGCAACUUCAUCGUCGCCUUCGGCUACGACCGCAAGUGGCCUUGGGAGGUGAUUGUAAUGAUAGGCUACACCUGCGCCGGUAUCCAGGUCGCCGCUCUCCCUGCCAUGGCUACGACCUACUCCGUCGAUUCCUACAAGCCAGUCGCUGGAUCAUUGAUGGUCGCAAUCACAGUCAACAAGAAUGUCUGGGGUUAUGGCUUCGCUGAGUUCAUCACAUCCUGGGUCGCGAAGUCUGGAUUCAUUCCACCGAUCAUGACGAACAUGGCGCUGAUCACAUUGUGGUGCUUGUUUGGCAUUCCGAUGUACUACUUUGGGAAGACUUUUAGGCGAUGGACGAAGAAUGAUUCCGUGCAUAGGAUGUAG